AUGUCCCAUCCACCAGCAGUACAGCGCAGCCUCACUCUUACGGAGGAGCUGGAGAAGCUUGAACAGUCCAUCACUCUGACAUUACAAGAAAUCGAUUCCAAUUUCAAUAAAGCCCACCGGAUCGUUACUUCUAGCAUUAUACCAAUCGUUGAACAAUACGCGGAGAACUCAAAAGACGUUUGGGAAGCUUCCAAGUUCUGGAAGCAGUUCUUUGAAGCAAGCGCCAACGUUUCGUUGUCUGGCUACGAGGAGCAACCACCAAUUGAUAAUGAACAGGACGCUACUAUUAGUGCCAACACAACCGCUACAGAUGACUCAACUUACCAAGAAGAGUCCGAAUCCUAUGCCUCGCCUUCUUCGGAGCAUAUAUCAAUAAACCAGAAGAUUAAGGAUGAAGAUGACCCUGACCUUUCGACACUUUCAUUAUCCCCUUCACACAGCACUCCGCGUGCCAGGGGCAUAUCAUCUCGUGCCAUAUCCGAUGAUGAUCCUACCUCCCCAUGUAUAGAACACUCCUCAGCCUCUGACCAACAUGAAGAAAAUCUACCCGCUAUUGAGUCACCCCUUCAGCUCUGCGGCGCAGGACCCAGGACCCCCGGGAAAGGAAACCAGCUUGGCUACAACGAAAUUGCUACACCUAAUACUUCUUCAUCUACUGUGUUCAAUCCUACAUCGAAAUCUAAGCUAUCUAUGGCUCUAAAGGGGGAUAGGGCCGACCCUCUCAUGCACCAGGUUCUAGAUAAAACAUAUCGUGUUCAGGCAACCCCACUGUCAAACCCACGAAGACUUACUACCGCUAAAGGGAACAAUAAACUUAACAUCGCUACUCCACCUACUUCCCGGUAUAAGCUGGAUGAUUCUCCUCUUUCAAGCCCUGAGCUAGAAGCGCCCAAAUUGCACACAGAGUUGUUCGACUCACCUAUGAUUCGACGCAGCGCGGCCAAGCGCAAUCACAGCAAGACCAGAACUCCUGGAGUUAGUGUUCUAGCAACACCUUCAAAUAAAUUUAAAGGAGAUCCAAACCAAUGGGACAGCGAUGAGGAAUUCCAGAAGGGCGGAUAUGCGGAUGAUGAAGAUGACUCGGCGCUCGUUGACUUUAGCCCGCCAAAGACCAUGCAGUUCCAUGUUCCGCAAAGUCGACUAAUGAAAACUCCAGCAAAGGAGGCCUCGAAACGUAUUGUUUCAGAUUUACUCUACACUGCUGGGGCAAGUGAACUGACUGAUGAUCUGGACGAUAUUUAUGACGACCCUAACAAUAGUCCAAGUAUAAUCCGGCGCUCUGGUGUAGAUGAAACGUUUUAA